AUGGACAAAGAAAUUUUGGAGGAGCUGACUCGCAUGUUGUACCAGUCCCUCAACGAACGUCAGCAGGAUGUGUGGGCGAAGCUGUGGCUAAACGACGACCAGGGCGGGGGCGGCAGCAGCGUCAUGUUGUCCGCGGGGGACGGAAACGUGACGGUGGGCCACGCAGGGGUGGUGGACUGGCUGAACGUGCUGAGAAAGGAGGAGCGGAAGCUGGACCCAGGCAAGAAAGGGCUCAUGCUCUGCCCCACCACCGAGAUCAGCAACGUCCGGGUAUGUGUGAACGGCUUGCACGCGUGGGUGACAUGUCACGAGGUGUUGACACGGGGCCUGCUCAAAGACGGCGGGGAGGGACGGGGAAAGGGUGGCGAAGCGGGCGAGAAGGAGCCAAUGUGGGGCACCAACAUUUUCCGACGAUGGAACGGGCAGUGGAAAUUGAUGUGCCAUUUCUCAGGGCGCUUGGCGGGCGUGCAAGGGGAGUUGCAAGACUUGAUGGAGGAGAAGAGGAUGAGGGAGAUGGCGGGCGGGGGAAAGGGGAAACGGGGAGGAAGCGGGGGCAUGCCGAACAUCCAACGGAUUCCGUUACGGCCGGAAGACUUGGGUUUACCUCCGGGCAUGGGCGCCGAGGCGGAAAUCACGUGGGAGAUGGACGACGGCAUGUUCGAAGGGGACGGUGAAGACGAAGGCUUCGAGAACGAGGACGGGAUGGCGGUGGACGUGGAAGUGGUGAAGGAGGGUGGGGGGGAAGAAGGGAGGGAGGGAGGGCGGGAGGAAGAGCGACGUUUGGCGGCUUCUUUUGAGGAUUUGGCUGGGCGAUUGUUGGAAUGGAACAGGGCCGAUGUGUUCAGAAAGGAGACCAAGAAAGCUUUGGGGGCUGUGAGAAAACUUGCGCGGGAGGGGUAUUUGACGGAGGUGGACAAGAUGAAACUCAUCCAUUCCGUGAUCAGCGCGGCUUCCCGGGAGGAAGUGUCGCAGGUAGAAAUGGCCUACGACCUCCUGGUCAGCGAGUUCGAGGACGAGGAGGAGUUCUCGGAGCAGUUGAAGUUGAUAUUGCACACGUUGGAGUGAAGGAGGAGGGAAAACGGGGGAUGAGUGGAGCGCGUCACGAAGGAUGGAAGCCGAGUUGGUGGGGAGGGAGGGGGGAAAGCG